CCAAGAUGUUUCAAAGCCUUAUUAAGAAUGUGUGGGUCCCUCUGAAGCCCUACUAUACCCAGGCUUAUCAAGAAAUUCGGGUAGGAGUAGGGUUGGUGUCCGUGAUCAUUUAUAAAAUCAGGAGUGCUGUUAAAAGAAGUAAAGCUUUGAAAGGCUCCAGUCCUGCAGCUGCCCAUGGUCAUCACUAGCCAGCUCCCCGAGUCCACUGGAGACGAAGUGUCCAUCAGCCUAUAGAUUUAAGCACGCUGUGUUA